UUUCCUACGAUGAAAUUUUGGAUAGGAGUUGUUUCAAAUGAUCAUGUGAAAAUUGGAAUAAAAGAAGGAUUUGCUCAAUUUGGCCAUGGUAAACUUUCACCUAUCAAACGUCUUGGAAAUGGGGAUAUUAUUAUUUAUUACUCACCUCGAGAAGAAAUGAAUGUUAAAAGCUUAGCAAUAAAAGGUUUUACCGCAAUUGGCGUUGUAGAAGGAAAAAUUCCUUACAAUCCUCCCGGUCCUGCUCGUGUUAAAGUGAAAUAUUUAAAAACAAAGAAAUAUCUUCAUAUUCAUGAUGUGUUGGAUAAUUUAACUUUUAUAAAAAAUAAGAAAAGAUGGGGUAUUUUGUUUAGAAGGAGCUUAUUUGAAAUCAAUAAACAAGAUUUCAUGUUGAUUUUAAAAAAUAUGGUUGACGAAGAAAUAUAUAAACAGUUUGAAUAAUAAUAGAGGCACAGUUUUCAAUGUAUGUCGUAUGUCAUCAUUACUUAAUAAUGUUGAUUGUUACAAUAAACAAUAACAGAUUGACAAUUUUGUUUGGCAAUUUUAAAAAAAUUUUCUCUCCUUAUUUUUUAGACCGAAAAUGUUAUUUUCUUUGCAAGAUGUAUUUCUAUAUAUUGAAUUAUUUAUUCUUGCCUAUACUAUCAAAUUUUUCUAUGAUGUAUGUGAUAAAAUAAGUCAUUAUUAUUUUACUUAUCAUUGUAUUUAUUAAAAUGAAUUUGUUUGCUAGGUUAUUUAUCUAGCAU